AUGUCCGCAAGUAAGAACAUUUCAGGAGAACGGAUAGAUUUCCACCACCAUUUCUUUCCUUCUAGUCUGAAGAAAGCAGACCAGAACGUACAAGUCGGUUGGAAGACUCCCGCCGAAAACCUGCCUUGGUCUCCUGAUAUCAGCCUAAAAGCGAUGAACGAACUGGCCAUCCGCAAAGCAGUCCUUUCUCUGCCCGCUGGAACGUACUCGCGUCUCCAAGCUCGAGAAUAUAACAGAUACGCAGCCAGUGUAUGCUCAGCACACCCGGAUAGAUUCCGAUUUUUUGCUACCCUUCCCGACUUGCGAGACGUCGAAGGCGCGUUGGACGAGAUUAAUUAUGCCAUGGACGACCUAGGUGCCGACGGAAUCGCCCUAUCCUCGUCGUACGGAGAUUCGGACAAUAGAGUUUACUGCGGUGACGACCGUUUAGACCCCAUUUGGCAUCUACUGGACCGACGGAAGGCUGUCGUAUUCCUGCACGGCGCCCAGAUACGGACAUCGUAUCCCCACCCUUUCCUCGGGAUCCCCAUCGUCGAGGUACCCCACGAAACCUUCAGAGCCGCCGCACAGCUGGUUGUAACCGGCAGGAAACGGAAGUAUUCGAAUGUGAAGAUCAUCCUGGCCCAUCUCGGCGGCACCGUCCCAUUUCUGGCAUCUCGAGUUGCCGUGUUGUCUCGGCAUAUGGGCUGUCCCCUGACGCCCGAAGAAAUAUUGCAAGACUUCAAGAGCUUCUAUUACGAGCUUGCACUGAGCGGAUACGAGACAACACUCGCUGCAAUCCAAAGCUUCGUACCGACGGAUCGCCUCCUCUUUGGUUCCGACAUACCUGCUGUCUCGACGGAAAUGGUUCAAUGGUUCAACAAGAACGCGGAUUCUUUUUUCAAGGACCAACCGCCCGCUGCAGUACAAGCGGUCAUGCACAAGAACGCGCUUCGCCUCCUCCCAGGAUUGGACAAGCCGUUCCAAACGCCCUGCAAGAACUCACCAUUCGAACCUGCAAACACCUUCGGAGCUCUGUACAUCCACUGA